ACCAUCUUGGUUUUUGUGUUCCACUGGUUGCUGUGGCUCCUUCGUUGUACUCCAAAGCUCUCCCACAGCUAUUUUUAUCACUGCUUAUUACUGGCGAGCAGGCUGUAUUCCAUGGCCCAUGUGACCAGUGGGGUCUGACCAGAAAGGAACGUGCGGCAGAGCAGACCGAGGGACCUAGCUAGAGGCUGUCCAGCUGGAGCUCCUGUCUCCCUAAAAGCCCAGAGUAAAGCAACUGAGCACAAGGAGUAUGGUUCUGAGGUGAGCGAGGUCAUGAAGAAACCACUGUUGGGCUUGACUCUGUGGUUACUGCUCCUCUGUCCAGGGCUGAUGUGUCUCCACAACGAGGUGAUUCAGAAAUGCAACAAUGGCAUCUACGAGAUCAGCGUCCUGAUAAUGAAAAACUCAGCCUUCCAAGAGCCCCCGGCAAAGUUGGAACGUGCAGUGAGACAGGGAGUGAAAAUCGUGAAUCAGCGUCUAAACGAUCAUGGAAUAAAUGCAACUGUGAACGCUAGCUUUAUCCGUACAGAGGAUGCGUUUUAUAAGUCAAAUGACUGUCGGAGUAGCACCUGUGAAGGCCUUGACCUACUCAGGAGAAUUUUCAAUAAAAAAGAGAUGGGUUGUGUCCUCAUGGGACCCUCGUGUACAUAUUCUACCUUCCAGAUAUACCUUGAUGCAAAUUUCAGAUAUCCCAUGAUUUCAGCUGGAAGUUUUGGAUUGUCAUGUGACUUCAAAGAAAAUUUAACCAGGUUGAUGUCUCCAGCUAGGAAGUUGACACACUUCUUGGUUGACUUUUGGGAGAGUAAUAAUUUGUCAUUCAAAACUUCUCACUGGACCACUGCAUAUGUUUUCAAGAAUAAUACCGAAUCUGAGGACUGUUUAUGGUACCUCAAUGCUCUAGAGGCUGGAGUUUCUUAUUUUUCUCAGAAACUUAACUUCAAAGAGGUGUUGAGAGGAAAGGCUGAGUUUCAGAAAAUCUUAAUGGACCAGCAUAGGAAAAGCAAUGUGAUUAUUGUGUGUGGUACGCCAGACAACAUCUCCUCCAUCAAGGGUGACCAGGAAGUGGCUGAAGACACUGUCAUUAUUCUAGUGGAUCUAUUUAAUAACCACUACUUCAUGGACAAUGUCACAGCCCCUGACUAUAUGAAAAAUGUCCUUGUUUUGACACUGCCUCCUGAAGAGUCCAUCCCAGAUAGUUCUUUUCCCCAGGACUUAUCAUUGGAGUUAAAUGACUUUUCUCUUGCCUAUUUGAAUGGAAUCUUGCUCUUUGGACAUGUGCUACAGACAUUUCUUGGGAAAGGAAAAGAAGUUGACACCGACAAACUUGCUCAUGCUUUCAGGAACCUCACUUUCGAAGGGUAUAAGGGCCCUGUGACUUUGGACAUCUAUGGGGACAUCGACAAUACUAUGGUGCUUCUGUAUACCUCUGUGGAGACCAACAAAUACAAAGUACUUUUGACCUAUGACACCCACACAAAUGUCACUAGCCCAGUGAAUAACAACCCCACAUUCAUCUGGAAGAACCAUAAGCUUCCUAAGGAUACUGAAGAACGGGGACCUCAAAUCCUGAUGAUCGCCGUCUUCACUCUCACCGGCACUGUGGUCCUGGUCCUGCUGGCCGCGCUCCUGGUGCUGAGAAAAUACAAAAAAGCGCAUGAACGCCGUCAGAAAAAAUGGUCCCACAUUCCCUGUGAAAAGAUCAUUCCUCUGGAGACCAAUGAGACCAACCAUGUGAGCCUGAAGAUCGAUGAUGACAAGAGACGAGAUACAAUUCAGAGACUGCGACAGUGCAAAUACGACAAAAAGAGAGUGAUUCUAAAAGAUCUCAAGCACGACGGCAAUUUCACAGAGAAGCAGAAGAUAGAACUGAACAAGUUGCUUCAGAUUGACUAUUACAACCUAACCAAAUUCUACGGAACUGUGAAGCUUGAUACCAUGAUCUUUGGGGUGGUCGAAUACUGCGAGCGAGGAUCCCUCCGGGAAGUUUUAAAUGACACAAUUUCCUACCCUGAUGGUACAUUCAUGGAUUGGGAGUUUAAGAUCUCUGUCUUGUAUGACAUUGCUAAGGGGAUGUCAUAUCUGCACUCCAAUAAGACAGAAGUCCAUGGGCAUCUGAAAUCCACCAACUGUGUGGUAGACAGUAGGAUGGUGGUGAAGAUCACUGAUUUUGGAUGUAAUUCCAUUUUACCUCCAAAAAAAGACCUGUGGACAGCCCCAGAGCACCUCCGCCAAGCCAGCAUCUCUCAGAAAGGGGACGUGUACAGCUACGGGAUCAUCGCCCAGGAGAUCAUCGUGCGGAGGGAAACCUUCUACACGCAAUGCUGCCGCGACCAGAAUGAGAAGAUUUUCAGAGUGGAGAGUUCCAAUGGAGUGAAGCCCUUCCGCCCAGAUCUGUUCCUGGAAACAGCAGAGGAGAAGGAGCUGGAAGUAUAUCUACUUGUAAAAAACUGCUGGGAGGAAGAUCCAGAAAAGAGACCAGAUUUCAAGAAAAUUGAGAAUACACUGGCCAAGAUAUUUGGCCUUUUUCAUGACCAGAAAAGUGAAAGUUAUAUGGACACCUUGAUCCGACGUCUACAGCUAUACUCUCGAAAUCUGGAACAUCUGGUGGAGGAAAGAACACAGCUGUACAAGGCAGAGAGGGACAGAGCUGACAGACUAAAUUUUAUGUUGCUCCCAAGGCUAGUGGUUAAGUCCCUGAAGGAGAAAGGCAUUGUGGAGCCUGAACUAUAUGAGGAAGUUACCAUCUACUUCAGUGACAUCGUAGGUUUCACGACUAUCUGCAAAUACAGCACCCCCAUGGAAGUGGUGGACAUGCUGAAUGACAUCUAUAAGAGCUUUGACCACAUUCUCGAUCACCAUGACGUGUACAAGGUGGAAACCAUUGGUGAUGCCUACAUGGUAGCUAGUGGCUUGCCUAAGAGAAACGGCAAUCGGCAUGCAGUGGACAUUGCCAAGAUGGCCUUGGAUAUUCUCAGCUUCAUGGGGACCUUCGAGCUGGAGCAUCUUCCCGGCCUCCCGAUCUGGAUUCGCAUUGGAGUUCACUCUGGUCCCUGUGCUGCUGGCGUCGUGGGGAUCAAGAUGCCUCGUUAUUGCCUAUUUGGAGAUACCGUCAACACAGCCUCUAGGAUGGAAUCCACUGGCCUCCCCUUGAGAAUCCAUGUGAGUGGCUCCACCAUAGCCAUCCUGAAGAGAACCGAGUGCCAGUUCUUGUAUGAAGUGAGAGGAGAAACGUACUUAAAGGGAAAAGGAACCGAGACCACCUACUGGCUGACCGGGAUGAAGGACCAAGAAUAUAACCUGCCAACCCCUCCUACUGUGGAGAAUCAACAGCGCUUGCAGGCUGAGUUUUCAGACAUGAUUGCCAACUCCUUGCAGAAAAGACAGACUGCGGGGAUAAGAAACCGAAGACCCAUGCGGGUAGCCAGCUACAAAAAAGGCUCCCUGGAAUACAUGCAGCUGAACACCACAGACAAGGAGACCACCUAUUUCUAAACCUAUGAGGCCCAAGGACUCAGGCAAAUGAAGUACAGAUGCCCUCAGGCAGCGACCUCCAGGGUCCCGAAGCCUCCAUUUCCCGGAGACCUCACUGGAACACAAGGCUCAGAUGCCUCCUACUGAGCCUCUAACAGUGGGUAUCGUAACCCACCUAACCCACCCACCAUUCUGUUUGUUUCUAUAAAUACUGACUCUGACUGAUCUAUAACUUAUAAAAGCGUGUUUGUAUAAGAAUCCUAGGAACUGACUUCAGAUACAGACUCCGACCUUCAGUCAUCCCAGUUCUGGGCAAUUUGCUGACCUUCAACUAUAGAACCAGGAUGACAAAGACCAGGGUGACACACACAGACCAUCACUUGACCAGUUUCGAGGUCCUUAUCGGAAUGGACUGUGUGGCCUGCACGUAGAGAACUUUUCACCCCUUGGUCUCUUUGUUCUGCUUUGCCUCUCCCUCCUCGUUAAAACCCCUGCCUGCUCUGAGAUGCUGAGCUGGGCGUGUGGCAAGAGUCCCCCAUCUCCUCAGGUGACCGGCACUUGAAUAAAACCUCUUUCUUUUUUCACCAGCAUCUGUCUCACAAGUUUGGUUUUUGUGGUGGCAGGCAGCCGAACUUGGGUUCCAGUUACAAGCUUUGGCUGCCUGUCUGGAACAUUUUAUAAGAAUAUU